GGAGGAUUCACACAUAGACUGAGCAUGCGCUGUUGUCCACACGACAUGACGGAACUGUGUGGUCCUUUGUGAUGAAUGCAGAGCAACGGAGGAUUCACACAUAGACUGAGCAUGCGCUGUUGUCCACACGACAUGACGGAACUGUGUGGUCCUUUGUGAUGAAUGCAGAUUCAAACAAAACCUUCAGCUGUCACUCCAAGAUAUGUCGAUGGCACAGAGUCCGGCCUCCCGAGGAAAAUCAAGAGAGAGGAGCCAGAGCCAAACUAAUCAGGUGCCAUUCUCCCCCGAGUUCUCCAAGAUGCUGAUGAAAAGCAGUCCACGCUUUGGUUCCUUGAGUCACCACUCGUUCUUCUCCCGGCACAACCCUCAUCCAAACAGAGUUAAACAUAUUCAAGGACUCAAUGGCAGGCCCGUCUGCAUGGUGAGGGAUGAUUGGUUUGUCACCUCGUCCUUAUUUCCUCAUCCUCUUCUCAAGAGUCACGUCCUCAGGAAAGCACCUAAUCAAGCCUUAGCUUUUCUCCUCCCUCAGAAUCUUUAUGGAGUGAGCACAAAUAAAUCAGCAGCACAAUUUUCAGAGGCCUGGAGGGAUGAACUUAAAGACCUUGCCGCAAAAGUCAGUUUGUCUCCUCAAGCACAAAAGGACAAAAAAGACGACCAACCGGAGGAAGAAUUUGUCCUCCGAAAGACUCAAUAUUCAGCUGAAACGGGGAGAAUCAUCCCUUCAUCCACAAACUCUUACCAACGCAGACCCUAUUCACAACGCCUGACGUAUCCUCAGACAUUUCACGAUCAAGAACUCAUGGUGUUUGAGCUUCUUUGUCAGAUCCUGCAGACAGAUUCGCUGUCGGCUGUCCAGCAGUGGCUUCUGCUUGCAGGUCAAAGAGAGAAAGACCUGGUGAUGGGGAUGAUCAAGCAGGCUAUGGAUGGUGCCGACCUCUCGGGUCAUCAUCAGCAGAAUUUCCAGCCGCUCCAGGCUUUUCAUCCUGGUGCAUCUCCGUCUGUGUACGGUCCAUCGUCCCAUCAGCCGUGGAGAAAACAACAGAGAACGAGCUUAUACAAAGAGAUGCAAGCCUCCAGCAACGACAAACCAGAGAGGAUUGGAGAUGCAGAGGUCCUUGAAGUCCACUCAGAAGCUCAGGAGGAUCUUCAAGAUCCCCUCCUUCAGAAUGUAUAGAGUUCUCUAAUUUCUAUAGAGAUAACUGCAUUAUGGUUUCCUUAUUUUGAGGAUUAAUUGGUUCCCUUGUUUAUUGGUCCAAUACUGUAGCAUAUUUGCCAUAUAGAUGUUUCUUAGACACAUACAUCAAUUUAAUGAGAUACCGUAAUUUAAUUUGUAAUUGAAUAAAGCAUUAUACAAUAGGCGUGAUGGUUUUACAUGAUACUGUGGAUGAUGUUGCGAAUUGUAUAUCGCUCAUCUGGAGGAUCAUGUUUUUAAGUGUAACUCGUUUGCAGGGGAAUAAAACUUGAAUCUUGAU